AGAAUAACCAUGGGCGUGCUCAUCUCCAAAAAAGACCUGCUUUCAAGAGAAUGACAUGACUAAAAGGCCCGCCAGUACGAGGAAUGAGGGACAAGGUGCAAAAAAACCUGUUCUUAGAAUUCAAACUGCGGCGGUGCGUCAACGUUGGAUUCCUCUCAAGCCACAUCUCUCACACCCAGCGCCCCAAAUAUUCGGACCACGGCGCGCUUCUCCACUUGGCCUCGUAUCAAGCCGGACCCUGAUCCCUGUGCUGAUUUUUUGGCUCCUUCGUAAUACUGUGUUACUUGCUCCCAGAGCAAAGGAUCUCAUGGUGCUACGAACCCGAGGAAGGGCGUUUGACCUCUAUUCACCGGAAAGGCAACGCUUCAUUGAAGUACACAAUCAGAGAAGGCAAACUGACGAGGUUGGGAAGUCACUGGGAGUCAGAAACAAGUCAACAACUUGGACAAAUCUCGAGGCAACGCUUGACAUCAGAUCGACUGGUCGCCCAAGGUAUGAUCCUGGCUUGUCUGGGGAGGUCCCCUGUCCGCGUGGCUUUUGGAGCAUGCCUUUCCUUGUCGGUGACUCCCUUCUUUCCCAUGCUCAUUCGCGAUUUUCCAUACCCUCUUCGAUCGACGGUUCAGACAGACCAGCAAUCCUUGCACCGUCUGUCCUUCUCGCCAUAUCAUUUGCUGGAACCCUCUGAUCAUAUUCGGAGUACGCUUUUCUGUGCCACAUUUCUUCCUCCAUUGUUCUGCUCUGACGCAAUGGCUCUGACUGAAACAAGUUGAGGUCAGCCACAGUGAGGCACCAGCUCACUCAGUAUGGAGAGAGCUUCAAGCUCCCUCGUGCCAGGAAGGUAAUGAUGAACAGUGACGUAGGAAAAGUUUCCAUCCUACUACUUCACGCGGUACUCCUCUUUCAGCGCGUUCUCUCUUCUUUCUUGUUCUUCAAGUCCAUCCUACCUAUCCACCUAUACCACUCUGUGCAAUAUAUCCCGAGAGAAAGAAGCGUGUUGCUCAUCUUGAAAGCAGCGUGAAUCCAUGAAACUGUAUUUCUAAACCAGCUGAUGACAAGCAACCGACAUUCGUCGGCUUCAUACGCAUAUUACUCGUUCCCACCAACUCCUAGUCGGGAAUCACGAUCAUCAAAACAAUCCAGUCCAGACACAGUCAGGAGCUACAAAAGCACCAUGCCGUCUCCAGCAGCAGGAAGAUCGGGCAAUGCUCCCGAGACACCCACAAAGACUGGCAAGAAACCUCAGUCAUCAUCUACUUCCAAGCUUACCGGUAAAGGUACCCCCAAGAGCACCCCAGGCCGCAAACCGCCCAAGCUGGGUGCCUCAAAAGCGACCCCGAAGAAACCUACGGAAGAUGUCCCGAAACCCAAGGAGACCGAGGAGCCCACCAAGGACGUGUCUGAGAAGGCCGAAGAUACUGGAGAGGAAGCUCAGCAGAAAAUCAGUAUGAAGGACACUGAGGAACCCGGCGGCAAAGUCAGUCAACCAGGCAAUGACACUGGCGCCGAAAGCACCUCUGUUGCCGACACCAGCGAACUGUCGGAAGCCAACCCGGAACCCGUACCAGACAGCGACGAAGACGAAACAGUUGGCGACACCAAAGGUGCUGCCAAAGACGAAGGCACUGACGAAGGUGAAGAAACCGAAGGCCCAGCAGAUGAGACUCCUGCCGCAGAGACCGAAGAUGCCGCGGAGGAAGCAGAGGACGAGGCUGAGGGCAAGGGCUCCGGCGCGCUCGGUAGUCUCAAGUCAGCAGCAGGAGGAGCCACUGGCGGUGCGAAGAAACUUGCAGGUCGAGUCGGUGGCGCAAAGGACACCGCCACUGGUGCCGCUGGCAAAGCUUCUAAGGGAGACGCCACAGGCGCUGCCGAAGACACAGCUGGUGAUGCCCAGGAUACAGCUGAAGGAGCAGCCGACGACACCAAGGACACUGCCGAGGAUACUGCUGAAGGCGCUGAAGAAACCGCUGAGGGCGCAACCGAGGAUGUGCCCAAGGAUACAGAUGAUGUCCCAGAUGUUGGCGAGACAGCAGAAGGUGCCAAAGGCACUGCUGAGGAGACAACAGGCGAUGUGGAAGAGACUGCCGAAGACGGCAAGGCCACCGCCGAGGAUGCGGCUGAUGGUGCCCAGGAGACCGCCGAGGACGCCGCCGAUGGUGUCAAGGACACUGCCGAAGGGGCUGUUCCAGAUCUAUCUGUUCUCAAAGGCCUCAAGGUCAACGAGGAUGGGGAGAUCCUCGACAAGUCUGGAAACCCUAUCGGCAAGCUCGAAGAAGGUGAUGCGGCAGACCUAGAAGGGUAUGAGGUCGGCGAUGACGGCGAGAUUCUCGACGAAGAUGGAGAUGUCGUUGGCCGUGCAAAUCUCCUGCCUGGCAAGGCUGAAGAGCUUGCCGGUCAAGCCAAAGAUACCGCGGGCGAGGCCGGUGACGAAGCCGGAGAGGCGGUUGACGGCGCCAAGGAGACUGCUGAGGACGCUGUCGAGACAUACCUUCCGGAACUUAGCGUCCUUGAAGGCCUCGAGGUCCAAGAGAACGGCGACAUUGUCGACAAGGAAGGAAAUGUCCUCGGCAAGAUCACCGAAGGCGAUCCAGCCGACCUUGUCGGAAUGGCUGUCAAUGCCGAGGGCGAAAUUCUGGACGAGGACGGUGAUGCUAUCGGUCGCGCCGAGACCGUACCACAGCCAGUACAACAGGCUGCAGAUGAUGCUGCAGGAGCUCUUCCAGGACUCGAUGCACUUGAAGGUCUCGAGGUGCAGGAGGAUGGCGCCAUCAAAGACGCCUCCGGCAAGACUUUGGGCAAGAUUACCGAAGGCGAUCCUGGCGAUCUGGCUGGCAAGACCCUGAACGCCGAAGGAGAGGUCCUUGACGAGGACGGCGACGUAAUUGGCCGCGCAGAGAUCGUUCCGGAAGCUGCAGAAGCAGUUGAUGGAGCUAAACCCGAGUUCGUCCAAGAGGCACUUGACAAGGUUGAGGAUAUUCAAGAUCAACUGAAGCCUAACCUCACAAUUGUUGAGGGUAAGAAACUCAACAAGAAGGGCAACAUCAUCGACGACGAGGGAGAGAUCCUCGCGAAACUCGUCGAGGGCGACCCCAAGGCUUGUGCUGGCAAGAUCCCCAACGAGAACGGCGAAAUUCUUGACGAGGAAGGCAAGGUCAUCGGGCGCGUGGAGGUCGUUGAAGGUGAAGCUGCCGAAGAGGCUAUGAAAGACCUCCACCCCGAAUUGGUCGAGCAGCUCGAUGAGGCGCAGAAAGCUGCAGAGGAAGCUGAGAAGCAGGCCGAGGAACAGGCCCAAGAAGCUGGCGACGCCGCUGACACCGCUGAGAAAGCCGCAGACACUGCUGAAGGCGCCGCAGACGAAGCCAAAGACGCUGCUGAGAAGGCUGGAAUGCCCGAUUUCUCGCAGUUGGAAGGUCUCAAGGUGAACAAGAAGGGCGAAGUUGUCAACGAGGACGGUGACGCGAUCGCUCGUCUUGCCGAGGGAUACGACGUCGACAAACUCCGUGGCAAGAAAAUCAAUGAGAAGGGUGAGAUCUUGGACAACGAAGGCAACGUCAUUGGCAAGGUCGAGUUCAUUCCUGAAGCGAUAGAGGAAGGUCUUGUUGAAGUCGAAGAGGCCGCCCCUGAAGAACCCGAGGUCUCUGUCUUGGAAGGCCUCAAGGUCAACAAGAAGGGCAUGGUUCUCAAUGAGGAUGGCGACCCAAUUGCUGAGCUCAAGGAGGGUGAACUCGAGAGCUGCGCUGGCAAGAAACUAAAUGACAAAGGCGAGGUGCUCGAUAAGGACGGAAAUGUCAUCGGCAAAGUCGAGAUGAUCACUCAAGAAGGCGAGGGUGAGGAAGAGCAAGCAGAGGAGGCUGACGACGGAUUACCACCCCUCUCUAUUCUUGAAGGCCUCAAGGUUAACAAAGCUGGUAAGCUUGUCGACAGCAGCGGCAGUAUCGUCGGCGAACUGGUGGAAGGAGAUGCAAAGAAACUCUGGAAGGCCGGUACUGUCUGUGACGACCAAGGUCAAUUCUGGGAUAACAAGGGCCACAUCAUCGGAAAAGCCAAGACGCUUCCUCAGGAGGACAAGGAGGAAGAAGCAGAAUUCGCCGGUCUUGAAGGCCUCACCGUCGUUGCCGAUGGGUGGGUCGAAGACGAGAAUGACAACAGAGUCGGCCGCAUCGUCGAGGGAGAUCCAAAAAAACUUGUCGGCCGUGCUGUGGACGAGGACGGAGACAUCAUCGACAAGAAAGGCAACGUGGUUGGUCACGCUGAGCGAUACGAAGAGCCUGAAGCCGAGCCAGAGCCUGAACCAGAAGCGGUUGAUCUUUCGGAACUGAAGGGCCUCAAACCCAACAAGCAAGGCAACGUCAUUGGACCAGAUGGUGUCCCUAUCGGCCAUGUUGUUGAGGGCAACAUUAAAGAGCUUGCUGGCCGAAGCAUUGACGAGAAUGGACAGAUCUGGAAUGACCAGGGCCGAGUCAUUGGACGAUGCGACCUCAUUCCUCCCGAAGAGCGUGAGGCUAAGCCUGAAGGUCCAUUUGCUGGCCUUGAGGGCGUUGUCGUCGGCAAGGAUGGCUUCGUCAAUGAUGCAGAAGGCAACGUGGUCGGCAAGGUUGUCGAGGGUGACUGGAAGAAACUCGUGGGCCGUGCUGUCGAUGAAGAUGGCGAUAUUAUCGACAAAUACGGCAACGUCAAAGGCCACGUUGAGCCAUACGAGGAGCCAGAAGAGGAGGUCGUCGAGGAAGACCUGUCCAGCCUUGAAAAUAAGACGGUGAACAAGAUGGGCAAGGUCGUGGACGAGCACGGAACCAUCUACGGUGAGGUGAUUGACGGUGAGCUCAAGCACCUGAUUGGCUGUAAGGUCGAUGGCAAGGGCCAGAUCUGGAGCAACAAUGGCAAAGUGAUCGGUCAUGCUGGUCUCAUUGAAGGUGGUGACUCCGGUCGUGCCGAAGGACCGUUCUCCAAUUUCGAAUCCACUAUCGUGUCCAAAGAUGGCAUGGUCAAGGAUGCCAGCGGUGAAAUCGUCGGUCGCGUCAUCGAAGGCGACCCGAAGAAGUUGGUUGGACGUCAUGUCGAUGAUGAAGGUGACAUUAUCGACAAGAAUGGCAAUGUCAUUGGUAAAGCCGAGCGAUGGGAGCCCGAGGAGAAAGAGCGUGAGGUCUCGCCAAUGUCCGGCUACCGUGUCAACAAGGAAGGCGAAGUCCGCGACAAGAACGGCGAUGUCAUUGGUAAAUUGACCGACGGCAAUUUACUGGCAUGUAUCGGCAAGCAAGUCGAUGACAAUGGCAACGUUGUCGACCAGGACGGCAACAAGCUCGGAGAAUGCACGUUGAUCGAGAACAUCCCUGAGGAAGAGGAAGAAGAAGCAACACCAGAGCAACUCAAGGAGGAAGAAGAGCGUGAAAUCGCAAAGAAAAUCGGCAACAUCAUCAACCAGACCAUCGACCAAAUGAAGCCUAUCUGCGACCAGAUUACAGAUAAAAUCGAGAAAGCCGACCGCACCCCUCGCGAGGAGCUCGACGAAGAGAAACUCGUACAAGACGUCAAGCCACUUAUCGAAGAGGGUAGCCGCAUCCUGGGCGAAUGCAACGGCGCCAUUCGCGGUCUUGACCCCGAUGGGCACAUUGCUGCUCAAGCCAAGGCUCGCGCCGCUUCGGGCGAAGCAUCCCCUGAGGAGCACCGCGUCGCUGAGGGCCUCAAGGAACUUACCACGACCGUGGUCAAGACCAUCGACAACGCCAAGAAGAGAAUCUCGGACAUGCCGCACGCGAAGAAGAAGUUGAACCCGUUGUGGGGAUUGCUUACCGAGCCUCUGUUCCAGAUUAUCGCUGCGGUUGGACUGCUGUUGUCCGGUGUCUUGGGUCUCGUGGGCAAGUUGCUCAAUGGACUCGGCCUGGGCGGUUUGGUCAACGGCAUCCUUGGUGGUUUGGGCGUCGACAAAUUGCUCGGCGGUCUUGGACUUGGCAGCAUUGCUGAGAGUCUGGGACUUGGUGGUGGUAAGAAGAAAUAAGUUGCUUGCUGAUCUGGAAGAUUGGCGGAUAAUGGUGGCUGAGCGAAGGCUGAUGCCACGACGCUGCUCUUCUCCCUUGUUUCGCUGGACAACAGGAUGGACACCAUAUCCAACGUUCAAUGAGGAGACCGUGAGUCGUCGUGUCAGUCAUUGUAUAUUACAAUUUCUUUUGUCUGCGGGCGAUGUCAUGUUAUGGUUUCGGUCUGAUGAUGUCAUGGUAACAUUUCCCUAAUAUUUGAUGGUGGGAAGUCAUAGUUGGGAUAGGUAGCAUAGGUUCAUG